AAAAGAAGGAGCUGGUGGAUGUUCCCUGAAGACUUUGUAGAGCUGUCAGACUACCUGAAGCAGUUCCUUCGUUUUGUUUCUAUUACUGUGGGUGGGGUGAAGAUCUGGCCAACAAAAGACUGUCACUUUUAUUAAGCAGCACUGCAAGGCAGGAGACAUUGUGACAUUUUCAGCUCUAUACUGCACAGCAGAUAUUGCUUUCUGAAAAUAUUAUGGAGACUACCAAAAAGGACAAAUAUGUUCUUUUAAAUGAUGACUCAGACCUUGAAGAGUUUGACAAAAUUAAUGUGGGUUUGAUUCCUCCAAAUCAGAAAGAGGGAAAGAAGUACCUAUCCAAGACAAAGGUUCGCCGGAGGUGCUCAACAUGUUGCAAUCUGCGAUGGGCAUGUCACACAUUCUUUAUCUUUUUGCUGUUAAUUUCCCAGGUGGUUCUCAGUCUUGCUGUUGUCAAACUGUACUGGGACUUAGAAGACAUCAAAAGAGAUCAACUUACAAAAGAAAUUUCAGAACCAGGCAUCCUUGAUGGUGAAAAGCUUGCACUGCAAAAGCUUGAGAAGACUAGCAGUGAACAGUUAUAUUCUAGAAUCAACAGCCUGAGCAGUCAGUUCAAGGAAUUAAACACCUCUGUUGUGGGCAUGAUGACUCAUAUGAAUGAAGAUAAACAAGGUGAAAAUACUGGAUUCAAAUAUCUCAGCGAGGUGCAGAACAUGAAAAAUUUGGAAGAAAAGGUCACUGGAAUGAGCAACAAAAUGAGGAUACUACAGUUAAUGGUAGAGGGUCUGCAAGGAAACUCCAGUGGAAUGCUCCCUAAUGCCAAGGUGCCUGCUGAAAGUACUCAAUUGUCAUACAAUAAAACCAUUGUCCUGAGCAUCCAGAUAAUGAAAGGAGAGAUACUACAGCUGGAAGAAAUGAUGGAUGGCCUCACUCAGCAAUUUGCUAUCCUAGAAAACUCAACGGUCACUUGGCUUAGCACCUUACAGAAUCAGUUAUAUAACGUAACUGAUGUUGCGAACCAUUUGCAAAGCCGAAUUGCUGAGGGACUGGACAGUGCAUUUGCACAAAUUACCCAGCUUGAAGAUGACAUCAGACAUUCAGAGAAUGUCUCUGCAAACAACAACUUUCCAGGAGAUUCAGACAUUUCAGCAUCAAGCUAUUCAGGUGUGUCAUCUUACCUUACACAUCCCACUGGAAAUCCUACCCAGUCUCCACCAGGAACAGCUCACCAGAGCCACAGAGCUCUUACUGAAAAUGAUGCAAAUGAUAGUGGCAUUCUGGACCAGGCAUCAUUCAAUGACUAUUCAUCUGGCAUGCAGGCUGCAACAGCAGAAGAACCACCUACAUCAGCCAUAGAAGUAGUAAAAGAUACUUCUGAAGAAAAAUAUAAUUUGGACAUAGUCUCCAUAAAGAACUUUUCAGAUCUUAAGUCCUUCUUCUACGGUGCAGACAAAGAUGCAGAUGGAUAUUUAUCAUAUACAGAAAUUGUAGACUUCCUACAAGAAGAGGCACCCACAGAGGAUGAAAUGGAACGUUUUGAUGAAGAUCAUAAUUACAUGUUCUCCUACUCAGAAAUGCUUAAAGCUCUUGGCCUUGAUGAUUAAGAACAACUACUGAAAAAAAACACCAGAGCUUCAUAGGUGAUACUUUAAACAAACAAGGCUAUCUUACUAUGAUUCAAUAAAGUUAAAGAAUGCCCUUUACCAGUAGUAUUACAGCUAGGCAGAAUCACUUUAUACCAUAUCACCUUCACUUUUGUCUUGACGUUAGUAUAAUCUGAAGGUUACUUUAAGUGUGCUGGGCUUACUUACACUUUAAUUCCACCAGUAUGUAUUUCCUGUUACCCUAAUAUUUAAAAAUCAAAUGAUCAAUGUAAUAUAAUCACUGCAUUGCUUCAGCAAAAUAUCAACAUUUCUAUGGCAUUCAUGUUAUAAGAAUACAGUGGAUUGCAAGAAAAUAUUGAUAGAUGAGAAUUAGAGUGAAAUAUUUUUCCAGAGCUGGCUUUAAAAAUACCACAGUAAAAAAUGGUUCUGCUUCAUAUGUAGUCACAGGUUUCAACCUCUGUGCAGUCACAUGCACAAAUAGGUAUGCAUAUAAUUUGCAGAUUGAUUUUAAAUAGUAAUAUAAAAUACAAUGCUUAUUGCCAACUGUAGAUUAGAAGGAACAUAUCCUUACAUUAAGAACUGAAGAUUUCCUUGUCCAGAUUCUUUAUAUUGCAUUAUCUUGUUUAAAAUGUUAUUGCUUUCUAUGCUGUCUAUCAACUAAUUUUUAAGACGAAAAAGUAAUUAGGACAUACUGGAGUUCAAGAUAAAAUUUUGAAAAACGUCACACUGCCUUAGACUGCUGAUGCUGUAUUCCUGUGUCAUAUUUUUAGUUAAAUUGCUAUUUGCAAACAUUCUUCUGGACUGCUUUGUAUUACUGUUUAGUCUUGGGAUAACACUUUGUGUGAAUGAAGAGUAUACACAAUAAUAAAGAAGAAAGAAAAAUGCUG